AUGGCGGCCUGGCUGUCAGUUCUGCUCCGAAUCCGGGGACCGGGGGGAGGCGCUGUCUGCUGCUGGAAGAUCUCCACCAAUCACCUGAGAGGAUGGCCGAAACCCAACGGGAACUCCCGCCUGCUGAGCACUCUCCCCCCUCCCCCACCUAGAGAUCGGGGGGGUUCCUCCAAACUCGGGCCGGUCACCUGGAAGUCUCUGGCGAUCACGGUCGCCACUGGGCGGAGUCUUGUUGGCGGGGAUGAAAUAUGUGAAGAAAGAGAAAGAAGAGAAGAUCGAGAAGGAGAGGACCAGAUCUUUGGGGAAGCCAUUGCUGGGCGGACCUUUCUCGUUAAUCGAUCACGCCGGUUUACCAAAGACCGACCAGCAUUUCCUGGGUCAGUGGGUCCUCCUGUACUUCGGCUUCACCCACUGCCCCGACGUCUGUCCCGGAGGAGAUCGAGAAGAUGAUUGAGGUGGUGGAUAAAAUCGAUUCCAUGAAGGAGGUUCCCAAUAUCACUCCUCUCUUCAUCACUGUGGAUCCCGAGAGGGAUAACCCCGAGGCUGUAGCCAAAUAUAUUAAAGAAUUUUCCCCCAAACUGAUCGGCCUGACGGGCACAUCGCAGCAGGUUGCGCAGGUGGCGAAGGCGUACCGAGUGUAUUUCAGCCCGGGGCCCAAGGAUGAGGACAGCGAUUACAUAGUCGACCACACCAUUGUCAUGUAUCUGCUGGCCCCGGACGGCUCCUUCGUGGAUUAUUACGGACAGAACAAGAACGGCCGCGACAUCGCCGGAUCCAUCGUACUGCACAUGGCCAAAUUCCAGCAAAGGCAUUAA